AUGGAUCACAAAUAUAUUAUACAACCGUUUUCCGGUUUCAUAAAGAUCUGUAUUAAAGACGAGGAGAACGAAGUGGUGACAAACAGCGGCGUGAUGAAGCGGCUGUUGACAAAUGCCGAUAUCAACAUUGGACUGAAGCAAAUCGAUUUGCACCUAAUGGAUACACAGUAUAGAGAUAUGCUUAAUCUUCUGUUUUUCUUGCAUGACUGGCGUAAGGUGUUAAAGUACAAAGCGUUUCGACCGAGUGAGCCGAUCAAAGGAAACGCAGCGAAAUGGUGGCGUUUUGCAUAUCAAGCCAUUCUAUCCGACCUAAAGAAACAGAGAGACGAACAAUCUUGGAGUGCAAUCGAAGAGAGUAAAAACAUAAGAAAUUGUUAUGUUAAAGUUUAUACCGAGAAGAUGUUACAUAGAAGAAUAACAAAAAUAGAAGAGAAUAUAUUAUCUGAAAUCGAAAAGAUAUUAUCAUACGAAGAUGUAAUUUUAGAUGAAGUAGAUCAAUAUAAUGAUAGUGAAGGUUGGUGGAUAAGUGGUUGGUUCGGUCUGAAGAAUCUCGGUUUUGGCAGAGCAUCAAGCGGAAAUGUCGAUAAAUUCAUUCUGAGCAAUGAUGAACUUCAUUUCUUGGAUAGAGUACUGAAUUUAGAGUUGUCAGCGUUGGCCGGUGCCACUCCAAAGAAUUUCGUAACAUUUACCUUCAAAGCCAACAUCAAACACGCUUGUAUUUCUAUUCUCGAUUGGCGAGACUCUGGUAUCAUCGUGCCGUUGGCAUCGAUUGAAGCGACAGAGCUCGACUUCUCCGUUGACUAUCAGAAUUAUGGAAAUACAAAUCAGCCGUUGGAUCCAGCUUGGGAUUGCAAAGCGUUGAUCGAGAUGAUCGAAGAGGAUGAAGAAUCCGAGCGGUUCUCGCGCGCCAAACAAAUGUUAGUCGAGAGAAUCAAGUGGUGGCGUGACAACUGUCCAAUUCACUUUGUCGACACACCGAUCGAUUUGAAUCAGUUCUUUAAACGCACACAGAUACACAAACAGAUUGUCAAACACAAUUUGGAUCACUCGCAUAUCCGACCGGAUUCGCCAGAGGCAUCGGAACCCGCCAACGCCACCUCAAAACACUCGGUAUUCCAGGAGGAAGAAUGGGAUAUCGAAGGUCUGAAUAUAAACAACGCACAAUUCUACGAAGGUGUAACAUUCCAAGCAUCCAACAUAUUCGUUAAAAUCUGUAAGUUCUCACAGAUCUCUGACUUUAAAUAUCUUGUAAAUCCAACCAACUUCCAAGUAUUCCUACAACUCUGUUCCGAUCCAUUCAAUCUUAAUAUUCCACAAGUUAUAUGCCAUUCAUUAUUGUCAGAUAUUAAAGUUGAGGUGUCCGAUACGGAUAUUUAUAAUAUCUCAAAGAUUGUUGGAAAGAAUGGAUUGUUAGAGUAUUUCAUUGAUAUGGAGACUAAAUCAUCGAAAGAACUCUCAGAGAUGUACGAUGUGGUAUCGAUUGAACGACCAAAGAAUAAGAAUAAUGUCGAUUUGAAACUCUCUGUCAUUUCAGACACCAAGUCGAUUUUGCACGCUCGCAAGAAGACCAAAGAGAUGCUUACGAACUGUGUACUGUUGAAGUUCUUUUUCAAGACUGCCAACAUCGAAGCCAAGGUGAACUACGAACGAACCGAAUCUAUAGUUGUGACACUCUCCAAUAUCCGAUGCAAGAGUUUGGCCAAGUUCCUACACAUGGAAGUACUACUUGACAUGGAUCACGUUGACAUUACCGAUUCAAACUCGAUCAUACCGGUGCUCUCGAUAUUCCCUCAUCCGCACGGCACUCUUACCAGUUCCAACUCGAACCUGGCUAGCUGUUCCUCUGAUUUCAAAAGCGGUAAACAAGGAAUACAGACUCAUCCAGUAUCGAUCCAUUUGAUAAGUAUCAGUAAGAACUCACUGGAAUAUGAUUACAUCGAUUUCGUGGCAUCGCUCUCCACCCAAUGUGUUAGAAUCAGUCUCCCGAAAGAAUGUAUUAAAUCUCUAUUGAAAAUCGUUGGAAAAUCUAUUUCCGAUGCAAACAGAUUCCAUGAAAAGAAGAAAUCAAUUCUUACAAUCGAAGGAUCUAGGUAUCAUUCUUUAACUAACGAUACUCAUCAUGUCAAACACAAACACAAAAAGAUAUCUGAAAAGUUGGAUGCCAAUGAAUUUGAUCCAAACGAUCUGAAAUCAAAGAUUGUUAUCAAUGUUCCAAAGUUCUCACUCAUUUUGUGCUCCAAGGAGAAUGACUUGGUAUCAUUCAACUUUGAUGAAGUUCAUAUCGUUGGUGUAUUCCAACUUCCUCUUUAUGAUUGCACAUUAAGUGUUGGUGAUAUGAAAUUCAUGGAUCUAACAAUGGAGAAAGGAUUACAUCAAAAGAUGUUGGAAGCACUGCCAUCGCAACCAAGGAAUGUACCGAUUGUAAAGAUGCAUGUGGUCAGUCAUAAUAUUAGCAAGGCAAAGGAGUGGGGAUAUAAUAGAGUGGUAGCAAUUGCCAUUGGAAAGAUAAAGCUUACUCUACUGCUCCAAACUAUCAAUACCAUUCGUCACUACAUCGAUGAUAUUCAGAGGUGUUCAAAAGAGUGCUUCCCAACACUCUAUAUCGUGCAGGAGAAUAUUGAAGAACCUGAACAAUCGACAACACCACUGGGAAACUCGACAUCCAGUUCUAUAUUGGCCAAUGAACCAAGAACCACCGUUGUCAGAGAGGAAAACUAUCCAUUCGCCUCGCCAAGCCAAGAAGUUAUAUUCAAAAGAAAAACAAUUACAAAUCUUGAUAUAACUAUUGAUGAGAAUCAAUUGUUUCUACCAAAGAAUCCGGGAUCUAAUGAAUGUUUGGUUUUGGGCGUUGAUCAGAUUUCGUUGUGGUUGGAUCAAACCGAUCCAUUGGCAGACGUAAUUCAUAUCAAGAUCAAAGAUGUGACAAUCGGUACGACCAGAGAUGAUACUAUCAUGGUUAGUCCAAUGCUGUUGAAAGCAAUGAAAGUGGAUUGUACAUUUAUCAAGAAGUUUGAGACAUCUCUAUCAACUCAAAUGCUAAAGAUAAAUAUGGAUAUUGAAGAUAUCUUACUAAAGAUGACUCAAUUCCAAUACAAUCUAUUGUAUAAUGUUAUCAUGCAAAACUUCAAUCAAAAGGUUGUUCCUCCUCCGCUAUCACCUGCAUACACCAAAGAAAGACAAUCAAAGGUAGCAACACUUUCCAUCAACAUUGGAAAUACAUUGGAAUUACAUUUGGUAGAUGAGAAAUUACCUGUUGAUAAAGAGAAUUUAGUUUGUUUGAUUAUGGGUGAACCAACUAUUGUUUUGGAUUAUUUUAAUAAUGGUGAUAUUGAAAUCGGUAUUACAACAAUGACACUUGGAUUCAAUAAUAAGAACUUGGUUAUCGAUGGAAGAAGUCAAGAGAUUCUCUCUAUCACUGCCGAAGAGAAAUUCAAAGGUAAAUUCCCUGUUCUUAGUUUGGAGGUAAUUAAUGGUGUCUCAAAGUUGGAGUUACCCAUUGAUAGAUUGGUGUUCUUUAUCGAUUUGGAAUGGGUAGAUCGUCUCGCAUUCUUUUUGGUGCCUUUGACCGAUCCUGACAAUAUUCCUGUACCGGUGCAACUCAACCCAGCGGGUGAAUGGGAGUUGGUAAUGUCCAUCAAGAUUCAUGUGAAGAAUGCGGAUCUGAUGAUUGGUAGCUACACCGAUCACAGUGCAAUCACUCUGAUGAUGUCGGCGGGUAUCAAUAUCGAUAUGCAAUCGGGAUCCGACGGUCUUUUCAAGAUUCUCAUUGGCUACAGCUGCAAUCGUGGAUCGCUAAGCAGUCCAAUCAUUCCAGACAUGAAAAAGAAAUCAAAGCAACAACAUGUCCGAUUCUUUGGCCAACGACACACUUGUAUCGAUCGAUGGGAUCGAUUGAAACACUCUGCCAAACUCUUUAUUGAGUCGUUCCAAACGACGCUGUGUAUCUGUUUGGUGUCAGAGGGUAAUCAAUUCUACUUCUGUGAGUUGGACAAGAUGUUGAUUAUUCUUUUCGGGUCGUGCCUAUCGAUAUCUCUUGGAUCUGUCAGCAGAGAUGAUUCGUACGCACCAAACCAAGUUGCAAAAGAAGCAGUUAACCGACAGCUCCAAUGCCACUAUCAUCCAGAAGAAACCAUUCACUCAGUUCUCGCUAUGCUUGAAAAACAUUGA